GGAGCGGACUGCUGAGCUCAGCUCCCUCCCAGCGAUGGCGUCACCUCCCCCCAAUCCGACUGGAAACCCUAGCCCGGAAGUCGUUCCAGGACCUCCAUUAGCAAGAGAAGAAGGAGAGCUCUCAUCGGACGCCGACCAAUGUAGUUCUCGGUGAGCUUACCCAGCUGUGUGUGCCGACUGAAGAGCGCCAAUCGUGCAAUUAUGCGGAAUUUUUGUCAUUAGAAUUUUGUGACGUCGAGAGAAUUGUCCUGAUCGCGUCGCCUCACCAUCAGCUGCUAUGGCUGCCCAUUCCCCUUCCGCUGGAGUUCACCCUGCUCCACCUACAAACGGACUUCCGCAAGUCAACCAGGAAGUGAAGGCUGUUUGGGGCAAUAAUCCACUGAGCUCAGUCAGCAUUCCUGUCCAAGCAUCAGUGCAGCAGAAAUCUGACAAGAUUUCUCUGACAAAUCAACUUCCUCCUAAGAAUGUUGCAGCCAGAAUUACUGCCCCAAAGGACAACAACAAUCUUGUUAUAAGCUUUUCAGAUGAUGAGAGCAGCAGUUCUGAUGAUAAUGGGGAAAACAAACAGUUCAAAAACGAAGGCAGGAUAGGUGCAACACAUGGAAUACGGAAGCCAUCUACCUUGACUACAGAACGACCAAAGAAGUACGGAAAGGUUGCCAGAAAUGUAAAUCAGACUAUGGCUAAACGGCCAUCUUUAAGCCGCACAUUUCUUCCAUCAUUGGUAAAAAAUCAGGGGGCUAAUAGAAGGGCUGAUGAUCUUAGAAGUAAUAUAGUCAACAAAAGAAUGGAAGGUCUAGAUCUUGGAAUUGAUUAUGGUAUUGGUUCAAAAAAUCUCAAACUUCAGGACUUGCGGCAUCAGAUUGCCCUUCGGGAAAGUGAGCUGAAGCUUAGGUCAGCUCAGCUGAACAGGCAACCAACUUCCGGUGCUAGGCAGGAAUCUGAAGCUUUAAACUCAAGUAAAGAUUCAGUUAGGAAACUCAAGUCUGCUGAUGUUGCAGAGAUAGGAGCAAAGGUGCCUCCAAGCAAAAGGCUAAAAGUAGGCCCAUCGUCUUAUGCUCGGCAAAGUGUGGAGAGACCUGUUGCAAGAUCUGUGUCACCACCUAAGGCGUCAAUGUUGGAAAGGAGCAAGGCUGGCAGGGUUGACCGUGUCCAGAAGCAGAAAGCACCCUCUGCUGGUAUGACAGAAUCAAGCACUGUCAGGUCGAAAAGACAAGACUCUGAGAGGGUGGUAGUAGCAUCACGAGGUCCAGAUGAAAGCAAGCAAGAUGGCACUAAGAAUGGAGGUGCUGGUCAGCUUGACCACCCAGGCAGAAUGGCGGAUCCUGCUCCUGUUUCAAACCGAAUUAUACCAGCAGAUACAAUGGCUCCUAAUGUUUUUACUAAGAAUGCUGGAAAUCCGCUCACAGCAAGCCUCUGGAGCAGUUUGGAUAAUGCAAAUGCCUCAAAACAGGGCAACAGGGACAUUCAUUCCCUGAUUGAAAUUGAAGAAUCACUCGAUAAACAGCUUGCAGAUGCACAAGAACAUAGAAGGAUGUGUGAACUUGAAGAAAGAAAUGCUCUUAAAGCUUAUCGCAAGGCUCAGAGGGCUUUACUUGGGGCGAACGCUAGGUGUGCUCAGCUAUAUCAGCAAAGAGAGCUUUACUCAUCCCGUUUACGGUCUUGUAUCAUGGAUGAUUCUGGCUUGCUUGGUUAUUCUGGCGGGCAUGAUUAUUUUGGAAUUCAGAUGAAAUCCUCAAAUGAUAUGUCUGAAAAUGUGGAUUUGAUACCAUCAAUUAGCCAUCAAAUGCAGUUUGAGGAUGAUCAGUUGAAUCAACCAGCUUAUGCAUCAAAUAGGCAGUGCGCUAAUGGCCUUAUGGACUCUUAUCAGCCUAUGAAUGGACAGAAUAUGGGUUCCGAACCAUGCAGUGAACCUGACGGUAGUACAUCAGAGCCAUUGCCACAUAGGGACAAUAAUCGUAUUCCUGGAGAAAGUUCUCCUUCAAAUGAGCAAAUUAUAUCAGCGGAUGAGAACGAGGAAAAUUUUCCAUUUGACAGUAGACAACCCAAACACAGGUACCGUAUGGGCAGAGGAAAAUCUGCAGAAAGGCAAACAGGUAUUCUCUGUGAGUCUGGCAGGAAAAUGUCCAACAACAAUCCUCAGGAGUCCCUGCAACUUGAAGCAACUUUGAGAUCUGAAUUAUUUGCAAGAUUGGGAGCGAGAGCACGGAAUUCUAGAGGGUCUGAUUUCAAUAUGAGGCCAGUGUAUGAAAAGGUAUCUCAAAGUGACGUUGGAAAUGUAAAAUUUGAUGGGACUAAAAGGAGUGGACCGUUGUCUGAAGUGGACAGAAUUCAACAUUCAGAUUUUGAUGGCAAUGAUGAGGGAGGUUUCGAUGAUGCUCUUGCUGUGGAGGUGGAAAAAACUUCUCUGGAUCAAAGUGCUUCGCAUGAUGGUCAAGACAUUAGAUGUACAUUGAGAGAAGGUCAAUACGUGGCAUCUGCAAUUUCUUUGUCAACUUUUAGUUUGAGGAGUGCAUUUCAUCAUGUGAAGAUUGUGACUCCGCUGAGAAUUGAAUCCCAUCGGCAAAAUGAUGAAUCUGAUGUGAACACCAACGGGGCUGAUUCCGUAGAUAUUGGUCCAAUCGAGUGGAUAACUCACACAUCGAACUCACCAAGUAAGGAUGCGACGGAUAUGUGUGAAAGAGAAGCUAGUUCUUACUCCUGUGAUUUAGCUGUGGACCCAUUUUGGCCUCUUUGCAUGUUUGAGCUGCGAGGAAGAUGCAAUGAUGAAGAAUGUACAUGGCAACAUGUUAAGGACUACUCCGUUGGAAAAAUGUCUCGGAAUGUGCAUGAUGAAUCCAAUGGAAAUGACCAGCAGGUAGAACCAACAUCAAAUGGACAACACUGUAGUGCCUUAACAAAUCAUUUAAAGUCUCAAGCUCCAAAAUAUCUAGUCGCAUUAGAUAUUCUGAAAGCUGAUCUACACUCAUAUGAUUCGGUUGUUGCACGGAGAGUUGGUCAAGCCUGGCAGAAUUGUUUUAGUACCACGUUAGCCAUAUCUGAUUUCUUUAAACAAGUACUUAAUGCAGAUGACUCUGUCCUACAAAAUAAUGAUGGCCGCAUUGAGGUCUUUGGAUGCUGGAGCAGUCAGUCAUCCUACUUCCGGCAUAGAAAUUGUGGAGUGAACGAGCUGAACCAAGCUUCAGUUGACAAUGACCAAUCAUUGGAAACCGCUGUUCUACUUUUCAACCAGGAGACUGACAAAGUUGAGGGAAAGAAAAAGGCUCUUGCUGUGCUUUCACGGGCUCUUGAGGCCAGCCCGACUUCUGUACUUCUCUGGAUUGCAUAUCUGGUCUUUUACUGUAGCAAGAUAAAGCCAGCUGGGAAGGAUGACAUGUAUUCAUUUGCGGUCAAACAGAAUCAAGGAUCUUAUGAACUCUGGCUCGUGUUCAUCAAUAGUCGAACAAAGCUCAAUGACCGUUUUGCUGCAUAUGAGGAAGCCCUAUCGGCACUUCAUAACCAUUCCUCUGCUUCUGAUGGGCAGAUGAUUUGCGCUAGUUCAUGCAUCUUGGACCUGUUCUUGCAAAUGAUUGAUUGUUACUGCAUGUCUGGAUACACGAACACGGCAAUCCAGAUAAUCUACGAUCUCCUCCCCCUGGUGGAAAAGUCUAAUGAGCGGUUUAAUACAUUGCUUUCUAAUAUCCUCUCAUCAUGCUUAACAAUAUCUGACAAGUGUAUCUUCUGGAUGUGUUGUGUGUACUUAGUUAUUUACAGGAAACUUCCUGAUGCUAUAGUGCAGCGGUUUGAGUGCGACAAAGAUGUCCUCUCGAUUGAAUGGCCUCCUGCUCAUUUAACUGAUGAGAUGAGGGGAAAAGUAACUGAGCUGAUGGAGUUUGCAGUAAGCAACUUCGAAUCAUGCAUCAGUAAUGAACCGAAUAAGCACGUCAAAUUAGCUCAGGAUUUUGCUUUGAGCCAUAUUAGAUGCAAAGCAGCCCUGGAUGGCCUAGAAAGUAGUCGGGAACUGCUUGAUAGAUAUGCUAAUAUGUACCCGACCUGCUUAGAUCUUGCUCUGAUGUCAGCACGAGUAGAGAACUAUGAUUUUGAGGGUUUGAGUUUCCAUGGUUUCGAAAACGCCCUCAGUAAGUGGCCAAGAGGAGUUGAUGGGUUUCAGUGUAUAUGGAAUCAGUAUGCCGAAUAUGCUCUUGAAAGUGGAAAAGCAGAUUUUGCAAAGGAACUCAUGGACCGAUGGUUCUCAGCUGUUUGGAAACUUAGGUGUCCUGAACCUGAUGUGGAUCAGAUUGAUGUCCCUAAUUCAUGUGAUAGUUUUGUUAACCCACCUUCAGAUUCCAAUUUUGGUGUUUCAGCAGCUGAUUCCUAUCAGCUAGAUGAAGUAUACGGCUUUCUCAACCUUUCUCUGCACAAAUUGCUACAGAACCAACACCAAGAGGCUUAUGAAGCAAUAAAUCGAGCCCUGAAGGCUGCAAAUCACAGGAACUAUGGUCGCUGUUUGAAAGAGCAUGCUGUUUUUAUGUUAACGGACGCAUCACUGAGGAAGGAUUGUUCUCAUAUCUGUGGGAUUGUCCGUCUCCUCAAUGGCUACCUUAAUGAUUCUAGGGCCUCCCAUGUGAAGGAACCAUUAUCGAGAAAGUUCAUAGAGGAUGUCAACAAGCCUAGGGUGCAGCAACUGAUGAGGAAUAUCUUAUGUCCCGUGUCGACUAAUUUCUUUCUGGUGAAUUCAGUUCUUGAUUCGUUGUUUGGAUCCAGCCUUCUGCCCCAGAAGUUUGGGAAGGAGAGCGAUUUAGUUGACUUUGUGGAGGCACUAUUGGAGAUUUCACCAUCCAAUUAUCAGCUGGCGAUUUCUCUAUGCAAACAGAUCAUCGGAGGGGACUACGAGUUUGAGGCAUCUGGGGUUGCUGCUUCUACUAGUAUUUCUUUCUGGGCAGGUUCAGUACUAGUCAGCACCCUCUCUCAUGCAGUCCCCAUAGCUCCUGAGUUUGUCUGGGUCGAAGCGGCCAAUCUUCUGGGAAGUAUUACUGGCUUUGGUGCCAUCUCAAAGGGGUUCUAUAAGAAGGCUCUCUCUGUAUAUCCUUUCUCAAUUAAGCUGUGGAAGUCGUAUUACCUCUCCGCAAGAUCUACAGGGGAUGGACAUCCCGUUCUUGAAGCAGCCAAAGAGAAGGGCAUCGAUCUCGAUCAAACUUGAGGUUGAAUUUGCUCUCAUCAUUGGAGAUAAGGUUACAUACUAUGUCCUACAACACUGAACUGACGCCGCAGGCAAGCAAACUUCUGGAAAGAUCCACCGUCAAAAGAUCGAUACUACUUUCGACGAGGUAGGCAAGUAGGAAAUCACUGUACAGUUGUAGAAAGAUCGAGCAGAUAGGUCGGUGGAUUCAUUUUAGCGAUUAUAUACGAUAGUACUGUUGGCACAGACGUUCAUUAAUUUUUGCGAACAGAUCUUGUUAUUGUUGAUGACGAUGACGAUGAUAGUGAUACAAGGAGAAAUGAGUAUAAGGAAAUGAUUGAGUUGUCUUUUGAAAGAAGUAUAUAUAUUUUUUUCUUUCCAUCUA